ACAAACCGUCAAAGGAUCAUGCCCUCUUUUAAAAAUUUAAAAGCCAAGACCCCAGUCAAGCGAACAUGGGAGUCGGCAAGCGUCAACUUAGUUGACAACCUGCCUGAGAUCGCCUUAGCUGCCAUAGUCCCUUCUAGGUGCCAGAAGGAAAUCUGUGAGUUUAUUAACUUCCUUCUCCAUGCGUUAGAGAGAAACUCCAACUGGCUUAAUAACAUCCUCAGUAGACAGCCUUACUUCAGAUGCGCCUUUAUGCUUGGUUCCGGACCUAAUCGCUUCCAAAUCAAAGACAUCAUCUACCCAUCCGAAAACAAGAACGUCAAACUUCAAAUUGAACUUAAAGACUCCGAGGAUUUAGACAAAAUUGCAAUCGCAGCACUAUUAAAAUUAAAUAAUUCUGAAAUCCAGAAAAUCUUGGAGUACAUAAAAACUAAAUUGUAUGAUAACAUUUAUCUGAAAGACGACAUGCUGAAAGGCAAAUCUAUGGGGAUCCAGUAUGCUCUUUUGAGACCGUUCACUGAUAAACAGUACCGCAUUGCAGAGCGGAUCGUGGUCGGUACUUCAAUGAAGUGUAUGUUACCUGCUCGUUUUCGUGAUGACUCCCCAUCCAAAUCACCACCAGCAAAGAAGAUCAAACCAGAAAAAAGAAGGGUACGGGAACGUGUAGUGGCUUAGUACACUAGCAAACAGAAAACAUAACCGUAAGUGAGCGUUUCUUUUAUUUUUUGCCAUUUUUAAGUAUAUAUUGUGACCUUUUUUGCCACUUUUGUGUUAUUUCUACUCAGAAUCACGAGCUUUUUAGAUCCUAAUGGGAUAAAAAAAUGUCCCAGAGUUUUUUUCCUAUUGUGUUACCAUUUCCCCAUACACUUUGUAAGGCGGUAACAAACAGGAAAGUUUGAGAAAUGUAGGUAUGGAAAUUUU